AUGACUUCCAACGAGCAUCCCAAUAGACAAAAGCUGAUCGAUCGCGCCCGCGAAUUCCUUGCCGAAGUGGAAGAUUUAACUCCCGGGAAAGACCUCGAAGAGAGAUUGAACCGCAAUUAUGGCCCUGGAAAUGCCUACUACGAUGACUUCUGCACUUUGAUCCGACAAGGACUAGCGAAUGACGAAGGCUGGGUCGCGACGGAUGAAAUAGACGGUCGAAAAUAUCGCCGAACAAAAAUCAGCCAGCCGUCUGAGCUGAAUCGCUACUUCAGCAUCACCGCCGUUUACAUGGACAGCCAAGAAGAGUACCGCGGCCAAUAUCACCUUCACCCUUACGGCGAAAUCAAUUGUGUGAUUCAGUUAGAUCCUUCGGCCGAACUGAUGGGCAUGUCCGGGUGGCAGGGAGCGGGUUGGACAUCACCAGGUGCAGGAACACAUCAUUAUCCUGAAGUCCGUGGUGGUGCUCUGAUAGCUUUGUUUUUCCUCCCUGCUGGUCGCAUCUCGUACCAUAGAGCGAAACCGGGGGAUGCGCAGCCGAUUGCCAUGUAG